AUGCAGGAGGAAGGACCUGUUCCUAUUUACUCGGACGUAUACCCCUUCAUCGCGCCAGACCAAUAUUUCGGUAGAUCGGACUCGGAGUCGCAAUCGUCAUUACGCCCGCUCCAUGGCUCUACAGCUCUCGUCACCGGCGCCGGACGGGGCAUUGGACGCACCAUUGCCAUCACACUGGCCGCGGCCGGUGCGGAUGUCAUUUGUGUCUCACGCACCAAGGCUGAAUUGGACGAAGUGGUGGCGUACAUUAACGAACGUGACGACGAGAACGAGAACAAUACCUUUGCCAAUGGAAGAGGAAGUGCCCGGGCGUGGGCCGUGGUCGCCGACCUGAGCCAGCCGGGGGCGGCGUAUGGUAUCCGGGCGGCCGUUGCAACGAUCGGCUCAGACCAUGAAGACCAAGUUGCUGACGAACAUGAUAACGAUGAUGAUGGUCGUCAGCGGCAGCAGCAUGAACAGAAUGAGCAGCAGCAGCCGCCGACUUUUAAAUUUGUGGAUAUUUUGAUCAACAAUGCGGCAAUUGAUCGGAUUAAUCCAUUCUAUUUAGAACGUAAGUCAUAUGAGCUGGGCUGGGCUGGGCAUUGAAAGAGCAAGAAGAAAAAACGGCUGAGGGAGGGGGCACAGGGGACAUGAUGCGCUGAGC